CAUAAUGAUUUCGGCCGAGGAAGCAUUGUAUCAAUCUUGCUAUUGUGAAGAAAAUGUCUAUAAGUUGAUUGAGAAAAUAGAUGAUAAAAAUGGAAUAUUUGCGAUUAUUAUAUCAAACGACUGUAAAAUGAUACCACUGUGGAAACAAAAGGCUGCUAAAAGUAUCAAUGGUCAUGUUCUCUGGGAUUAUCACGUCAUUGCUAUUGAAAAGGAAAAAAACGGGUCAAAAGUCUACGAUUUGGAUUCUACACUCGAAUGGAGUUGUGAUUUCUUAGAAUAUUGGGAAAAAACUAUGAAUCUCGCAGAAAUGGCUCAGCGUGACACUAAAUUCAGAAGAAAAUUUCGUGUAAUUCCAGGAGAAAACUACAUAUCCUUGCUCUCAUCUGAUCGAUCUCAUAUGCUUUCGAAGAAUGGAGUAUACCUAAAGCCACCUCCUGAAUGGCCAUUAAUAAAUUCUCAUAAACCAUCGAAUUUGAUGGAACUGAUCCGAAUGUCAGAACAAAUCGAGAACACGACGGUUAUGGACGAACCAGAACUGUUCCAAUUAUUUUCCAAGUGAUUUUUUGAUUUUUUUCAUUUCAAAUGUUGAAGUUAAUUAGAAUCAUGAAAUUUUUAUUCAUUCCGU